AUGCUUGAGAAGGCCGCUGCGUCAGUUACAGGCGUCCCAGGGUCCAUUAUCCCAAUGCAGAUGGACAUGACCGACGAAGAAGCUGUCAAGGCUGGCGCCAAUUCGUACAUCGCGACCCCGUUCUCCUCUUCCAUACAACACACUGGGGCCCGGAGCAUGGCUUAUGGUGUGACGAGUUUUGCUGGGAGAGGUACCCCGAUUCGGAUGAACGUGCUGCAGCCUGGCGCGUUUGCGUCGCAGCUGAUAGGUCCUGAGAUUUUGGAGAUUAUCAAGACGAAGCCUGCACCUGGUGCUGUGGCGCCGAUACCUGCCAGGAGGCAUGGGUCUGAUGCAGAGAUUGUGACAACGGCGGUCUACCUGGCAGUAUCGGAUUAUAGGCGGUUUUGUGUGUUGAUGGCGGAACAUCGCUGGUAA